GUAGAUACCUACACCAACUGAUCGACUGUCCAAAAAUGCCCACUGCAGUAGUCACAGGCGCCAACUCGGGCAUUGGCCACGAAUUCGCCAAACUCCUCAUCAAAGAAGGCUACGACGUGUACGCCACCGACGUGCAAGUCGGGGACAAGCUGCAAAGCCUCGCCUGCAAGCACGUGCACCUGGACGUCUCCUCGCCCGAGUCGAUCCAGUCCUUCGCGCAGCAGCUGUCGAACCAGCCGGUCGACCUGCUCCUCAACAUCGCGGGCAUCAUGGCCCCGCCGGCCACCGACCUCCUCACCACCGUCGACCUGCCCGCCCUUAACCGCACGUUUUCUGUCAACGCCUUCGGCCCCCUUCUCCUCACCCAGUCCCUCCUCCCAAAUCUGCUCGCCUCGCCCCACCCCCGCAUCGGAAACAUGUCCAGCCGCGUCGGAAGCAUUGCCGAUAAUGCCUCCGGCGGCUCGUAUGCCUACCGUGCCUCCAAAGCCGCCCUCAACAGCAUCUCCAAGUCCUUGGCCGUCGAUCUGCGCGACAAGGGCGUUGUAGUCGUUGUACUGCAUCCCGGAUUCGUCAAGACAGCCAUUGAUCCCAGAAUCCAUGAGGUGAAGGAGGCUGUGAAGCCAGAAGAGGCCGCCGCGAAGCUGUGGCGCGUGUUAAUGAGUAAGGGACUAGAGGAUUCGGGACGGUUCUGGCAUCGGGAGGGCCAGGAACUGCCGUGGUAGGUUGCGGGCGUGGCUUUUUGAUAGAUAAUGAGGUAUGAGAUGCGAUGAUGUUAUCAUGUGAAGAUCUUUGAACAGCUCCGACUCGACUGUGCGGACCAUGGUCAGUAAGUCCACAAGCGUAGGUUCUCACCAUAGUCGACUGAACUUGGUGAUGGAAAUCCACCAUUCAUAGCUGUUGAUGAUCAUCACCGAAACGCCCCAGUCUGGAAGAACCUAG